AUUAAGGUUUAUGAUGUUGGGUUAGGUAGAUUGGUUUGACAGUCGAUCGCAGUUUGACAUUUGCGUUUCGAAUAUUUUCAUGAUAAAAACGUUUGCUAUUAUUCCUAAUUAAGAUUGAUUAGUGUGACAAUUGGCGCAAUGGAAUCAGAUGAGAUUGAAGCACCUUCGAAAUCGGGAAUAAAUAUUCGAAGUGAUAAGAACAACGUUAUUGACUACGACGAAGACAGAUUGCAUGAGAUGACAGCAUCUUAUUCCGAGAUAUCAUUUGAUUCACAAUCUUCGCCACCUAUUUCGGAAUUGAGAUCGCUAAUUGAUUCUCCAGAUAUCGACAGUGGAAAGUUUUUAGAUGAUAAUCUGGAAAUAGGUGGAUCUGGUCACAGGCCGGAUCAAUUAAAUUUGAAAAGUAGAGAUGGUAGUCCAACAGAAGAUGACGAUCUGGACCCUCCGAGUUAUCACAAAGCUAUGGGUUAUUUGCAAUUGGAGGGAAGAGUUAUGCAGGAUGGAGAUAUGGUAUUGUUUGUCACAGAGGAUCUUGAAAACAAAAUCAAAUUGUCCAGUCCUGUAACGAAGAAAGGAGAAACUCCAUCGUUUCCAGGAUCUCGAAGCUCAACUCCUUGCUUAUACAGGCAGGCCUUGACUCCGCAAUUGCCACCUCUUGAUCACAAUGUAUUAAACGAAUUAGAAAUGGAAGCUAGGAAAGUUGCAACUUCUGUGGAUGCAUUGACUGAAAAUUUGGCCGCAAUUUUACAAAACGCAUCAGCUCUUACAGUUGGCUGUUUGGAAACCUACAGAGAUGCUGUGUGUAAAACGUGUGAUGCUGUAGAUCACAAUAUAAAGUCAAUGUAUCAAUUAAUGGCUAAGUGUGAGGAACUAUCAAAGUCGAUGGGACCAAUUUACAAGUUAGCAGAACAAAUCAAAGAGAUGAAGAGAAUGCUGGAACUAUUCGAGAGCGCAAUGAAUGUAUAAUGUAAAACAGCAUAAAGGAGAAAAUUACUAUUUUCUCGAAACAUUUUUUGAAACUUGUAAUUAUAGAGUAUGCACGCUUAAUAGAGAUUAUAUUCUGAUA